UCGAUAAAAUUAGCGAAGUAUUGAGUCUCGUCCGCUUUGACAGACUGACGGAUCCCGGUGCUGCUGGUCGUCCGAGGACAGCUGUAGAGACCAACUUCAUAUCCUACAGUGUCAACUUUCUGGUUCAUACCCGCAGUGUGCAGUACAAUGCCCGGCAUAAGGAAGCUGCGCGUGGCUGUUAUCGGCGCCGGUGCUGCGGGACUCUGCGCUGCCCGUCACCUGCUCUCCCGCCCGGACACCUUCGCGGCGCCGGUGGUCUACGAGCUCACUAAGAACAUCGGAGGAACCUGGGUCUAUGAGGAAAAAGUGGGACACUAUGAAGAUGGCUCACCGAUUCACAGCAGCAUGUACAGAGACCUCAGAACCAAUAUUCCCAAGGAGGUGAUGUCUUUCCCUGACUUUCCUUUUGCAAAACACCUCUCUUCUUUUGUUCACCACACCGAGGUACGAAAGUACCUUGAGCAGUACUGUGAUCAUUUUCGCCUUCGGGACUACAUACAGUUUGGGACCUCAGUGGCCUCAGUGAACCCAGUCUCUGUGAAGGAUGGGUGGAAUGGUUUGGCAUGGAACGUCACCUCCAAUAAUGGUUUAGACCACAACAAAUCCACUACAGAGCGCUUUGAUGCUGUCAUGGUGUGUAACGGACAUUUCUAUGACCCCUACAUCCCUGCAAUACCUGGACUGGACAAAUUCAAAGGGGAGCUGAUACACAGUCAUGAUUACCGUAGUGCUGAACCUUUGGCAGGAAAGUCAGUGGUGCUGCUGGGAGCUGGUCUCUCGGGAUUGGAUAUUGCCAUGGAGCUCUCCAACGUUAAUGCCAAGGUGAUUCUGAGUCAUGGACAGAAGCCUUUGACGUGUCCUCUUCCUCCUGGAGUCCAGCAGGCUCCUCCGGUCACUUCUGUGCUGGAUGACGGCACUCUGGAGUUCAAAGAUGGCAAGAAGGCCAAUCCGGAAGUGUUCAUGUUCUGCACUGGCUACAACUUCACCUUCCCAUUCCUUGAUGAGAAAGUGGGUGUAAAAGUGCAGGAGCACCUUGUCUCGCCCCUCUAUAAGUUCCUAAUUCCUCCAGCCUACCCGUCCCUCUUCAUAGUGGGCAUCUGCAGAGCCAUAUGCCCCUUCCCACAUUUCCACAUUCAGUCUCAGUUUGUUGUGUCAGUGUUGGAUGGUUCUUUCCGUCUGCCAUCACGUGAGGAUAUGGAGAAGGAUAUCGAGCUGGAUAUUGCUGCCCGUCGUGCCCGUGGAAUCGCCACUCGUCAUAUUCUUAAACUGGAUUCAGAGCAGUGGGACUACAAUGACGAGCUCGCCCAUCUCGGGGGGUUCAAGCCCUUGCCCCGCUACUGGAGCAACUUGUAUGAAUCCAACAAGGUGUUUCGCGCCCGAGACAUGCUCAAUUACAAGACCCACAACUUCACCGUCCUCGAUAACAUGGAGUGGAAGGUGCAUGAUGUGAAGGGCCAGCAGCUGCAGAAGCCUCUGGCUGUUAAUAAACAAAUAUAAGCUAUGAUUGAAACAAUAACAUGACCAUUUAGGUGCUACCACACAUACAGCAGCGUACUUGGUAUAUACACGAGUAAAAUUAGGAUUUAAAAAAUGUGUUUAAUACUUUGACUAAUAUGUUUUGCACCUAUUUUUUAUAAAAUAUCUUAUCGAAACAUUAUUUUAAGAGUCCCCCUGGAUAACUGAUCUUAUUGGUUGUCAUAAGCUGCUUUUUAAAUAAUAAACUAUAAAUGAAUUUA